AUGAACCAGCUUUCUGAUGAUGAGGAAGUUGAAAAGCGCAGCAAAGAUGAGAAACCAGCUUUGAGCAGUUCUAAAGAUGUAGUAGAUGAGCUUUCACACCAAAAGCGAAAGUUACUUAUUGGUGAAAGCGAAUCAUCUGGUGAAGCUGAAUUUGAAACUGAAAUGGAAACUGAAUUAAAUUCUACCAUAAAAACAAUGGAAGAUAAGUUGACAUCACUAGAAAUAGGUUCUUCCUUAUGAACUGUGAAAACUGGAAUGGUUUUGUCAAAGUAUUAUGAUGACAUGUAUUCUGAUUCUGAUUCUGAGGAUGAAGACACAGUAAUAACACAAAUGAAUAAGAAGAAAAAGCAGCAGAGUUGGAUUCCCACAAAUGAUGAAUUAUUAGAUGAUUCUGAAAAAGACAAUAGAGAUCAGGCUCUGGUGGAUGCACGAAGAAGAGAAUACCAUUGUUUUGGAGUGGGACUCUCUUACCGACAACAGGCUGUUCCAAAGAGCGAUGCCGUCUUGAAUUGCCCGUGCCUAGACAGCCAGAGGCAUGAAUACUACAAAACUCAAUACAGAGCUAUGUUUGUGAUGAAUUGCUUUGUCAACAGAGAGGAGGUUCUAAGAUAUAAAAGCUCAGUGAAUCAGAAGAAAAGGCAGGGUCAUAAGAAAAUGAAGUCUGACGGUGAAAAUCAUGACAGUGAAAAAGAAGUAGAUCACCCCGUAAAAUGUACUGAAUGCUCAACUGAAGCAGCAGUAUUUAAUAAGGGUGAAAUCUUCCAUUUCGCCAGCGUUUUAGCAGGCCAUACAUAA